CUAGCCAAUGUCUGUAAAACAAUAUUUGUUUCCCGCAAUCUUCAUGGUUUUAAGUCUGUAUAUCGACGCCAGUCUCAGGUCUAAAAUAUAUAGCGUAUAAAACACUCAUAUAAAACAAUACAACCUACAUCUUUUUUAUUUCAGCAAAAUGGCUAGAAAGAAAAAGGGAUGGACUCCAAAGCAAGGAAAGAUGCCAAAAGAGGGUCUUAUAGAAGCGGUUCGCCAAGUAAAGAGUGGGAGCAUGUCUAAAUUAAAAGCAUCAAAGAUAUAUAAUAUACCAAGAACAACAUUACUUCGGAGACUGAAAACUAUGGACCUGGAUUCACCAGCAACAAAACCCACAGUACUUGCUAUAAAGGAUGAAGAAGCUCUGGUCGGGCAUAUACUAAGAAUGGAGGAAAGAGGGUUUGGUUUGUCCAUCACAGAUGUCCGAAAGCUAGCCUACGAGAUAGCCGUGAGGUCGAGGAGAAAGCAUUGUUUUAACAAUGAUAAGAAAAGUGCCGGAUAUGAUUGGUGGCAAGGGUUUAGAGAUCGACAUCCAUGUUUAUCUGUACGCAUACCAGAGGGUCUUAGCGCAGCCCGCAGUUCAAUGCUGAAUCCAAAUGUCACCUCAGCUUACUUUCAAAAGCUUGGAAGUUUCAUGGAUAAACUGAACAUUAAGGAUAAGCCCCAGCAAAUUUUUAAUGCGGAUGAGACUGGCUUGAGUACCGUACAUGAUCCAUCAAAGGUUGUCGGUAAAAGAGGCAAAAAGAGUGUUCACUCCAAAACAAGCGGAGAACGAGGCGAAAAUGUAACCGCGUUAUGCUGUGUGAAUGCAGAGGCAAGAGUUCUACCACCAAUGCUCAUCUUUAAGGGACAAAGAGUAAGCCAAGCAUUGAUGGGCAAUGCACCAGCAAACACAUUAUUUGCAUGCAGUAAGAGUUCAUUUAUUGAUUCAGAUUUAUUCAGUAAUUGGUUUCAAAAGCUGUUUAUACCUAAUCUGCCUCCUCAGAGACCUGUUCUGCUCAUACUGGAUGGACAUUCUUCACACAAACAGUGGAUCUGUUGGAAACAGCCGUAUCUAAUCAGAUAGAAAUGUUCUAUCUUCCUCCUCAUACUACGCACUGGACACAUAUAUGUAUAUUUCUAAUAACACAGUUUAACAAAUAACUUCUUUUAAAUGAACAAUUGGUGUUUAUUAGAAAUAACUUUUGAUCAGUAUCGUCACCGGCAUUGUUUUACUAUUGAUUUUCUCGACUUUUCGUAAGAAGAGUGACUUUUGUUCUCGUUCAUAAGUUUUGCCACUGACAUAGCUGCACACAAGCAUUUCACUGGCUUUCUUUUUUAGUCGAGUUAUUCUCAUCACUUUGCGUCCGUCGUCGUCCGUUAACUUUUACAAAAAUCUUCUCCACUGAAACUGCAAGGCCAAUUGGAACCAAACUUUGCCACAAUCAUCAUUGGUGUAUAUUGUUAAAAAAAGUCACUGUGUUCAAUGAUCUCGCCUUCCGACCAACAUUGCUAGACGACUUCUUGUAGGAGUAACUGCCCUUAAAUGACGAAUUUUACCUUUUUUUCAUUUUUGCCUAUUAUCAAGAAAACUAUAACAGAAAUUAUCAGCAAGACAAGAUAUACAUAUAGGACAACAUGGUCGAAAUCGUCAGUUGGCUCCUCAUAUAUAGGAGUUAUUGUCCUUUAAUGACGAUCGAUUUUUACCAUUUUUUGUGUUUUGGUAUAUUAUCUUGAAAACAAUAAUAGAUAGAUAGAUAGAAACUUGAAUCAACAAAAAUUAUCAACAUGACAAGAUCUACAAAUACGUCAAUGAUUGUUAUGAUUUUUAAACGUUAUGGCAUAUUAUUUUGAAAACUCUUAUUGAUAGAGCGAAACUUUAAAAAGCAAAAAUGAUCGACAUGACAAAUCUACAAAUUAGUCAAAUUGCAGAAAUCGUUGCCUAUUAAAUAUAGAUUUAAAAUUGAGAAUGGAAAUGGGGAAUGUGUCAAAGAGACA